UGUGGUAUCGCCCAAGCCGCCAUCUUCCCUUGCUAGCCGAAGAAAGUACCCCCGAUUUUCUGACAUCGCAAAAUGUAAAGCGGCUUUUAUGAACAAUCCAUUAACCUACAGUAGAUUUUAGACUUAGUAGCGGACGCUGCGCAUCUUUUUGGUCCUAGCAAUGUUCACCUGACGAACAGCUUUUCCGUGUUUCUGUGGAAAUCGUCCCGGUUUCGCUCGCGAUGUCGUCCGACCACAGGCCGGUCCUGCACACCCAGCACAGACUGGACGGUAAAUGGCUGAAGACAGACUUACAGUGUGCGUUCUCCCGUGAUGGUCUAAGUUCGCUGUGGAACGAGCUGGUGAAGGAUGGAGAGGUUACCGUGGGAACCAACGACACAAUCAUCAACUCUGCAGGCGUUGCUGCCAGGAAGGGAGAGACAGGAAAGUACUACUGUGGGAUGAAGGUGACAGCCUGUAGCUGCUGUGACGGCCACUGUGGACCCAACAACGGCUGUAACUGUCCAGCGUGCCAGCGGCUGGACCAGCAGGAGAAAGAGUUACAGCAGGAGGAGGACAGCCGACCGUCACCAGCACGCACCCUCAUCGAACAGUGGACCUGGGGCAAGCAGCCAGACAUCUGCCAGCUGCGGGAGUGCCUGCAGUCGCUGGUGUUUGAGCAGCAGCAGCUGUGUUCCCAGGCUGCGGCCACCACGCUGUCCGCAGUCCGCCUGCAGCAGCGCCUCACUGUCCUGCAGCGGUACUUCAUCGCUCUGGCACGGCACAACCCCGCCGAGAAGGCUGCAGCCCCCAACAAACAGUCUGCAGCGGUUAUACCUAAAGGAACUAAGAGUGUGCUGAAGCCCCAUGAGAAGGCGACCAUGGGUCUGGCGCGGGUGGGCUGCAGAGCGGCGCUGUCCUUUGCCUUCGCCUUCCUGAGACGGGCGUGGAGGACAGGAGACGACGCAGACCUCUGUACUGAACUGCUACAGGAGUCCCUGGAUGCCCUGCGGACUCUCCCCGAGGCCACCCUGUUUGAUGAGUCCAGUGUGUCGUCUGUGUGGCUGGAGGCUGUGGAGAGGGCAACCAAGUUCAUCAGAUCUGUGGUCAUGGGGGACUCUAACGGUGGAGCGGCAGGUGGGAAGACGAGCAGCAGUAGUGGGAACAUCCCUGUGUCUGACCAGCACACGGCGCUGGCCCUGCUCCUGGAGCUGGCCGUACAGCGCAGCUCUCUCAACCACCUCCUGAGCGCCGUGCUGCUGCUGCUACAGCUGUGGGACAAUGCUAACAAACAGGUGACUGACAACAGGUUUGACUCUAACGGUACGCGGGCACCGCUGGUUCCCCUGCUGCGCCGCUUCCAGGACAUCCCCACGUCUCGCACACGGACAACAGACGGGGCCAAACUGGAGGAGUCUGGCAUGAGCAUGAGCAUCAGCCCUACGGAGUGUUUCCUGCGGUACAUCACCCUACCUGAGGCAGAGGACACACCUGUGGACCUGAGACAGACAGCUGUGGUCAUCAUGUCUCACCUGGACAGACUGGCCACACCCUUCAUGCCUCCCACAUCCACCAACACUGGACACAAGAUGCCAGGAAUGGGUAGUACCCAGGAGGUUCUAGGCUGGGGUUGGCUGGCCUGGAGUGGUGCUAACAGUCCUAACAGCAGUGGGAACACGUGUGAGAUGUUGGGGGAGCUGGGUGUACUGCAGCUGGCCUGUGCUGAGAGGUGUCUGGUGGCCCUCACCAAGACUGGCAGGGUCUACAUGUGCUACUACAGUUCUGAGAGCCAGGGCCCCCAGCUGAUGGAGAGCUUGGCAGACAAGGAGGUGGUGAAGGUGGCGGCACACCCUGAGGGGAAACAUUACAUGGCCCUGACAUCAGAGGGCGAGGUCUACUCCUGGGGAAAUGGAGAUGGUGGGCGACUGGGACACGGAGACACCAAUUCCCGUGAGGAGCCUACACUAGUGCGAGCUCUGUCAGGGAAGCAGCUGGGGCGACACGUGGUGCACAUCGUGUGUGGGAGUACCUACAGCGCAGCUAUCACCGCUGACGGGGAACUCUUCACCUGGGGCAGGGGAAACUACGGCAGGCUCGGACAUGGGAGUAGUGAGGACCAGCUGACCCCCACCCUGGUGGUGAGUCUGAAGGGUCGGCGAGUGAUCGAGAUCUGCUGUGGGAGUGGGGACGCACAGACACUGGCUGUAACUGAUGACGGUACUGUGUGGUCCUGGGGAGAUGGUGACUAUGGGAAGUUAGGCAGGGGAGGCAGUGAUGGGUGUAAGACUCCUAAGAUUAUAGACAGACUACAGGGACAGGACAUCGUCAGGGUGUGCUGUGGGGCACAGUUCUCACUCGCACUCACUAAAACUGGACAUAUCUGGACUUGGGGUAAGGGAGACAGCCAGAGACUGGGACAUGGCACAGAGGAACAUAUCCGCUUCCCCAAGCAGCUGGAGGGACUGAGGGGUAAGAAGGUGGUGGAUGUGGCGGUGGGGUCCAUGCACUGUCUGGUCAUGACAGAGGAAGGAGAGGUGUAUGGCUGGGGGCGUAACGACCAGGGCCAGCUGGGAGACUCGUCCUUCAGCACCAAGUCUGACCCCACCCUCAUGCCGCUGGACGGCAAGUCUAUCAGUGGCAUCGCCUGUGGACCUGCUCAGAGUUUCUGCUGGACGUCGACCGGACACUGGAGCGUGGGUCUGCGGGUGCCGUUUGUGGUGGACGUGUGCCACGGGACGUUCCAGCACCUGGACCAGCUGCUGCAGCGGGUGUGUGAGGGGCUGGACGGGCGUAGUGACUGGCCGCCGCCCCAGGAGAAGGAAUGCAUGGCUGUGGCCGGGCUCAACCUGCUCAGGUUACAGCUCCAUGCUGCCAUCACUCAGAAUGAGGACCCAGCCAGGUUGAACCUGCAGCCAGGCAGCCCCCUGCUGAACAGUCUGAAGCAGCGAGUGGUGGAGUUGGCCAGUAACACAGGAGUACUGGGGACGGUACAGACUGCAGCACAGGCCACACUACAGAGUGGCUGGUUACUCCUGCUCCCUACAGCAGAGGAACGGGCCAGGGCCUUGUCUGCACUGCUGCCAAGUGAUGCCUCUGGAGAUGGAGCCUCGAUGACCCCAGGACGACGGUUCAUGAUGGACCUGCUGGUCAGCAGCCUCAUGGCGGACGGCGGUCUGGAGUCCGCCCUCGCCGCAGCCAUCAAGACAGAGAUGCAGGAGAUAGAGGGAAUGAAAGAGAAGGAACUGGAGAGACACCAAGAUGAACGAGAAGAGGACACCUCAGCCACGGCAGGCAAGACGGAAGAAAAGGCCAAGAAGGUGGAAGCUGACAUCAGGAGAGUUCGGUCUUCUGGGUCCACCAUUCCACUGCUUCAGUUGAUGCAGCAGCUACUUAGGAAUGUUUCAUCGCAGACCCUGAUGAGGUUGAAGGAGCUGGCCCAUGACGUGAACAGAGUGAACGGGUACCAGUUCACCGGUGUGGAGGAGAAGGGGAAGUCUCCCUCCCAGGACCUGCUGCUGCGAUUCCAGCGUCUUCUGGUCGGGAAACUCUUCCCACUGGAGGAGGCCAGGGACAGGGCAGGCGUGGAGGAAAUAGGUCGUGCUGUCCCUGUAGAUCUGGAGCUGCUGGGUGCUGGCUCCCUCCUCAGGAAGUACGUGGCCCUGCUGUGCAUCCAUGUGGCGGACGUGCUUCCCGUGGCCGCUAGCCUCGCUGCCAUCAGCGCAAAACACUUUGCCGUGGUGUCCAGCGUCCUGAGUGCAGACCUCUCUGGAGUUCUGCUGCCAGAGUUGGUGGUGUGCAUGGUCCUGCUGCAGACCCAGGCUGCGGACGUGCUGCAGGAGUCUCGGGCCAUCCAGCCGCUGGGCGGCCUGCUGGAGCUGCUGGACAGGUACAACCGGCUGGCACCCGGGCUGGAGAGGGAUGACGGAGAGGACCUGGCCUGGCCGGGGGUACUCGGUAAGCUCAGACACAUUCUAGAUGGAUAGAAUUACACUGCUUUUCACAGUCAAUUGUUAAUUGGAAACUGCAGACCUAACGAGGACGUCCAGCUGAUCCGUAAGGCUGACCUUGAGAAUCACAACAAGGACGGCGGGCUGUGGGUGGUUAUCCACGGGAAGGUGUACGACGUCAAGGACUUCCAGCUGCAGGCACCGUGUGGGAGUGAGAACCUGCUGGAGUAUGCCGCUCGAGAUGCCACAGAGGCAUUUGAAGAGGCUCACCACUCACAGGAGGCUCGGGACAUGAUGCAGGCAUUCUUUGUCGGCGUCUAUGUUGAGCCUGACCAGGAUGUUGUCCACCCCAUGGACACCACCACCAUCUCCUCCCCGCUGAUUGACACGGAGCGUGUCCUGGGACUGCUGAUGGGUCUGAGCGCCAACAGCCAGGCCCUCAGUCUGCCCGUCACCACCAUGGAGGAGGAGUGCAGCCAGUGGUUCCAGUCGGAGCUCUUCUCUGGAGGGCUGCAGUGUUUGCAGCCACCUAACCCAUUCCAAGAAGAGAAGGGAGAGGUGCGGUCCAGUGCCACCACCCCUGCCAGCACGGUGCCCCCAGGGGGAGAGGACAGUCCCCUGGGGUUCAGCAGGAGACUGUCCCGACAAACCUCGCAGACUGACCCAGCUAAACCAUUUCUACAGGCCUUGGCAGAGAGCCGUGUGCAGGAGCCCAGUGUGAAGCUGUUCCUGACCAGUGUGGACCAGUACUGUAAGAACCACCACUACGUCACACCUAUACACUUCCCUCAGGACCAUCCUGUGGAGGAGGUGGGGAGACUACUGUUAGCCUGCCUCCUGAAGCACCUGGACUUGGGCCACGCAGUCCUGACUUUCCUGGAGCACCAGGCUCACCCACCAGACAGGCAGGCUCCUGCAGCCGAGCACCCCCCAGCAGAAACCACCGGUACUGCAGCACAGCAGGCUGAACUGCCCAGCUCUAUAGGAGACGUGUGCCAGGCUGUGUACCGUGCCAAAUGUUCUCUUAUCAAAGCCCACCAGGAUCUUGGCAGAUCCUACAAGGAGGUCUGUGCCCCCAUGAUAGAGAGGUGUCUAUUCCUGUUCAAUGAGCUGCGCCCGGCAGUCGCGAAUGAACUGUCGUUGGUCCGGAGACUGAAGGUGCUGGCCACGCACACCAGAUGGAGAGCGUUCGUGCAGACAAUGAUCGAAGACAAGAGAAAGGAAAAGCAAGAGGCUGCUGCUGCAGCAGAGUUGGCUGCAGUGGCCCUGCAGCUGGAGGAGAAACAAGAGGCUGCAGCACUGCAGGAGACUAAAGAAGUCCAGGAGGAUGCUGGGAAGGAUGAUGAGGUAGAGGCUGAGGAGGAGGGGCAGGGAGACGGGAAGGCAGACGGAGAGGCUCACGAGGAGAAGGAGCAGGAAGACGACCCUGAAGACGUCGUCCGAGAAGUGGCCAAGUUCAAGGCUAAGGAAUCCUGGGAUAUGAUUCUAACUGCCAUCACGAGCGCCCGUAACUUCAAGUGGCUGAGACAGAGGCUGACAGGCACGCGCUCACACGCCACGCUCAUGAACAAGAUCACAGAGUUUGUGCUGAAGGACGGACCCAUCGAUGUGGAGAAACUGAGGAAGGCACUGCACAGACAGGUGGAAAGAGCGAGGUUGAGACUAAAAGGUGCAGAUGCAAUGCUGGAGCUGUUGUCAAAGGACUACCUGAUCCCAUCAGUCCGGUACCAGGUGCUGUGUGGCUGGCAGGGCCUGCAGUUCUCCACUAAGAGAAUCAGUGACCCCCUUCCCCACUGCCUGGACAAUGCCUCCCUCAUCCCGCCCAACGAUCGCGUGUCCCUGGAGAUCGCCUUCGGGAAGCUGAACGAGUGGUCCAUCACCACGCUACGGGAAGCCGUGCUCCACGCAGACCACAACUACAAGAUGUCGGCACAAGGAGCAGGGCCAGGCGCCGAGACAUUCAGUCUGGGGAUCCUUCCUCAGGCCAGGUUCCUACUUGCCACCCUGGGCAUGCUGACCAUGCCCCACCAGGCCACGGGGGUGAGCCAGCUACUGAACAGGGGCGCCCUGGCACUCACACAGACCAUCAUGAGACUAGCAGGUCCAGACUCCCAGCAGGCUAGUGAGGACCCCAGCUGUAACAACGUUGCUGCAGUGUUUGAGGAGAGCCGCAGUAAGCCCCAGCCUCCGCCUGUCCCCAUCAGUGGGCCUGAGCUGGCUGCCCUGAUGAAACCUGGAGUCAGGGUGGUCAGGGGGGUGGACUGGAAGUGGGGAGACCAGGACGGCCCACCCCCAGGAGAAGGUCGGGUGAUAGGAGACCUGGGGGAGGACGGGUGGAUCAGGGUACAGUGGGACACAGGCAGCACAAACUCAUACCGCAUGGGGAAGGAGGGGAAGUACGACCUGAAGCUGGCUGAACCUCCACCACUGCAGGAGAAGGAGGAGGAGGAGGAGACAGACAUCGUUCCAGAUUCUAAGAAUGCGAAGGACGACAGCACCCACCCCACGUCCCUGAUCCGGCGUGCCUGCUCGUCCCUGCUGCGUACGCUGACCAUCUGUAUGGGCGUACACGCGGAGAUCGUACAGCGGGAGGCCGUCAGGACGGUCUGCGAGCUGCUCAGGGUUCUGGUGGAGAGUGGAGCCAUCGGGGAACAAAGUGCCCAGUCCAACAGUGGUACGAUUGCGUGCCUGCAGCACAGAGACUGGGCCACGCUGGGGUUCAUCCGCAGCAUCGCUACAUCACCCACAGUCUGCCACGCCCUCAGCACACCGCAGUGGAUACAACUCCUGCUCAGGAUUGUGGGCGAGCAGCCGCUCAAUACAGCACUCACCAGACAGGUGCUGUGCCUGAGAUUGCUGCAUGCUGUCCUGCCGUCCUGGGAGCUGAGUCAGCAGGGACAGCAGAUGAACAACAUCAUCAACCAGCUCUUCAGUCUGCUGGGCAGUGUGCUGAUGCAGUGUAAUGCUGACCCCGUUCUACAAGCCAUAGACACGUGUAAGAAGAAGAAGAGCCCUCGGCCGAAGGUAGCCCUGACGUGUUCCCACAGCAGCACGGUGGCGGAGGAGCUGGUCUCCCUCCUCAGGACGCUCCACGGGAUCGACUCCUGGAACAGACUUAUCAACGACUACAUCAGCAGUAACCUCAGCGUCAUCGCUGAUAUCGUCAGCGACAAACCUAAACCACUCCAGAUGUCUGAAGUGGAAGGUCAGGUGACCAUCAGCCAAACAGGAGCCGUCCUGGCUGUCCUUGCUGUGAUUGGCUCGGUGGACUCCAGAGUGAGGCUGGGCGGGCUGGUGCGGCACGACGAGUGGGGCGUGGGGACGGUGUCGGGCAUCCGCCAGAACGGGAAGAUCGUGGUGCAGUUUCACGACCUCAAGGCCGCCAAACUCUGCAAACUGGCCAACCUGUGCCGUGAGACUGAAGUGUGCUUCAUUGUGGACAAGUUGCCCAUGACUGAUGCCAUCCUCAACACGUGGGGCUCCCUGGUUAGUUUGGCCACCGCAGGCUUCAAACCAGACAGGGAGGGGGGGCGCCAGUCUAGAACUGGGACAGCAGACAAGGCCAGAGAAGAUGUCAUCAACAGAACGUUACUGAGGAAACAGCAGGUGCGUCUGGGCCUGCUGAAGGCGUCGGGCGUGUUGUUCCACCAGCAGAAAAACCUGCGCAGGAUCCUGGCUCUCAUCUCUACACUGGACACUUCUGCACCUGACUCAGCUGCAGAGGAGGAGGGCCUCCCCAAGGAGACAGUGACCUUGAUGCAGCAGUUGAUGAUGGCCGCCACCCAGCCCUCCCCCGUCAAAGCCAUAUUUGCAAGACAGGAGCUAGAGGCUGCUGCCCUAGCCGUGUGCCAGCACCUGGCAGCAGAAGUCAGCCGACCCUGCUCCCUCCCCCCACCCAUCUCUAACUCCAACGUCACCAACAACUCCACCUCCCCCUCCACUACAACCAUCAGUAACGUCCUCAGCACAUCCCCCAAGGAGCGCGCCAAGACUCCCCCCGUCAUACCCUCCAAACAGCACAAACAGAAGAAGACCAGGAAGUCCAGCCCCCCUCCCCCCGUCCCUGUCGUACAGCAGCUGAUUGAGAUGGGUUUCCCGCGGAAGAACGUCGAGUUUGCACUUAAGUCACUGAGUGAGUCGGACGCUCCCAGCUCGGCUGCCCUGCCUACAGUUGGGGAAGGAUGCAGACAAAGCUCGACGUCCACAGGUGAGAUGCCAGGUGCGGAGGCGCUGGUGAGCUGGCUGCUGGAGCACCCUGAUAUCCAGGUACCGGACCUGUCUGACGAGGAUGUGGGAAGUCUGUCGUCAGGGGAGAUCGUGUCGGAGUCUGAGUCAGAAGCUGAGGAGCUGGAGGAUCUAGAGGCCUACGGCAUCACAGACUCCAGGAGUUUUAAGAAGCGGUCAGACUUCAUGAGUAAUGAUGACUAUGCGCUGUACGUGCGGGACCACAUCCAGGUGGGCAUGAUGGUCCGCUGCUGUCGAACGUACGAGGAGGUACACGAAGGGGACAUCGGACGGGUCGUCAAGUUGGAUCGUGACGGCCUCCAUGACCUGAAUGUGCAGGCAGACUGGCAGCUGAAGGGAGGAACGUACUGGGUCCGCUACAUCCACGUGGAACUGUUGGGACAUUCUACCAACCCAGCUCCAGGCAGUGCAGUGAAGGUGGGAGACAAGGUGAGAGUGAAGCGGUCUGUCACCACGCCCAAGUACAAGUGGGGUUCUGUCACUCACAACAGCAUCGGGGUGGUCACAGCCUUCAGUGCCAAUGGUAAGGACGUAACUGUAGACUUCCCUGAGCAGUCCCAUUGGACAGGUCUGGUCUCAGAGAUGGAACUUGUGCCUAGCAGCCAUCCUGGGGUCACGUGCGAUGGCUGCCAGAUGUUCCCUAUUAACGGCCCCCGGUUCCAGUGUAAGACCUGCGACGACUUUGACUACUGCGAGAACUGCUUCAAGACCAAGAAACACCACAGACAUCCCUUCGUGAGGAUCACAGAGCCAGGAGCCAGUCCAGUGCCAGCAGGGCGACCAGGGAAGUACCACAAGAAGGGAACCAACCUCACGGGUACGCUGGUGGACGAGUGGUCCCGCUGUGUACGUAACCUCACCGUGUCAUCACGGGAGAACCAGGCCUCGCGACUCAUCGACGGCAGGGGGUCGUACUGGCAGUCCAGCGGCUCCCAGGGGAAACAUUGGAUCCGGCUGGAGCUGCAGCCUGACAUCAUCGUGCACCGCCUGCGCAUGCAGGUGGACCCUGCAGACAGCUCCUACAUGCCCAGCCUGGUGGUCAUCUCCGGCGGGGACCUCCUCUCCAACCUCAAGGAGAUCCGCACAGUCCAUGUCAGCGCCACCGACACUCUGGUCACCCUGCUGCAGGACAUCACAGAGUAUUACAGAUUCCUCGAGAUUUCUAUCAAACAAUGCCGGAGUUCUGGUAUAGACUGUAAGAUCCACGGCCUGUCUGUGGUUGGUCGGAUCCGAGCGGACGACGAAGACAUCGCCGCCAACAUCUCCUUCCUGGCCUCGGACAACGAGGAAGAAGAGGAGGAGGAGGAAGUGGAGGACGAGAGGAGCAAUGGACCGAGAGGGAAGCGAGCAGGGAGCAUCAGUAAUGUUGGAGACAUACAGACUAAAGUGUUUGCCUGGGGGCUGAACGAUAAGGAUCAGUUAGGAGGACCAAGGGGCUCCAAGAUUAAGACUCCUGUCAUGAAUGAGUUCAUGUCAUCACUCAAGUGUGUGCACAUUGCUGGUGGGUCCAAGAGCCUUUUCAUGGUAACUGCGGAGGGUAAGGUUUACGCCUGCGGAGAAGCGACCAAUGGGAGACUGGGGCUGGGCAUCUCCACAGGAACCGUCUCCGUCCCCAGACAGCUGUCCUCCCUCAGUCAGUAUGUCGUCAGGAAGGUGUCCGUCCACUCAGGUGGACGACAUGCGAUGGCUCUGACCGUGGACGGGAAGGUCUUCUCCUGGGGGGAAGGAGACGACGGCAAACUGGGACACUUCAGCCGGAUGAACUGUGACAAGCCCAGACUGAUUGAGGCUCUGAAGUCCAAGCGUGUGCGAGACAUCGCCUGCGGGAGUUCUCACAGCGCAGCAGUAACCUCCAACGGAGAGCUGUACACCUGGGGGCUGGGGGAGUACGGGAGGCUGGGCCAUGGGGACAACACCACACAGCUCAGGCCUAAACAGGUAAAAUCAUUAGCCGGCCAGAGAGUUAUCCAGGUGGCGUGUGGCAGUCGUGACGCCCAGACCCUGGCCCUGACGGACGAGGGGAACGUGUACUCCUGGGGAGACGGAGACUUCGGGAAGCUGGGGCGCGGCGGCAGCGAGGGCUGCAACCAGCCCCACCCCGUGGAGCGGCUGGGGGGUCAGGGGGUCAUCCAGAUCGAGUGUGGGGCACAGUUCUCACUGGCCCUCACCAAGGCUGGCCAGGUCUGGACAUGGGGAAAAGGAGACUACUUCAGGCUGGGCCAUGGCAGUGAUGCCCAUGUGAGGAAACCCCAGAUUGUGGAGGGGCUGAGAGGGAAGAAGGUGAUCCAUGUGGCAGUGGGAGCUCUGCACUGUCUGGCUGUCACUGACACAGGACAGGUUUUUGCGUGGGGAGAUAAUGACCACGGCCAGCAGGGUAACGGCACCACCACCGUGAACCGACGCCCGUCCCUGGUGCAGGGGCUGGAGGGGGUCAAGGUCACCCGGGUGGCCUGCGGGUCAUCUCACAGCGUUGCCUGGACGACCACGGACUCCACGGUGCCGUCCAGACACGAGCCCGUGCUGUUCACCAUGUCCAGAGACCCCCUGGGGGCAUCGGCUCUCGGUGUGGAGCCUGAGACAGACAAUAUGGGAGCCAGUUCCACCACCCAGCUGCCGUCCAAACCUCACCGCCCCUCCCUUGCCAGGAUUGUCCUCUCCCUGGACACCAACGUGGCUAAACAACAGGCUCUGGGACACAUCCUGUCUGCCCUGCAGAUCAUCUACGCAAGGGAGGCCCAGGUGAGUGCCUUGGCCGUACCGGAGUCUUACGCAGUUAAAGACAACUCCCAGGAACAGCCCGAGAGUCUGGAAGAAACCAAGCCAGAGAAGGACCAGGAAGUGUCUGUGGAAGACAUUGACAUCAGCAUAUCCAAGGAGGAGCCCAGGCACCCCCAUCUGUCUGGAAGUGGUAGCAUCCCAGCUCUCAGUGCUUCUGCAUAUGUGGCAGAGGCCAUUACAUCCACAGAGGAGGUGACGAGUGGUUCAGACCAGGACCCGGCCCCUCCCGUGGCAGACCUGGAUGAGUUCACGGGGAAGCUGAGCGCUGACGACGCCCGGGUUCUGGUGGACCUGCUGAAGCUGGCGGUGGCAGGGCGAGCAGGGGAGUCUGGGAAGGAAGCCAUCUCCGCUGUGCUCACAGCUAUGGGCAAGUUCAACCCACAGGUUGCGGAGAUGUUGCUGGAGCUGUGUGUGACAGAGCUGGAGGAUGUUGCGUCCGACACGGAGGCUAACCGUAAUGCCAUGCAGCCUGUGGUGCAGGAGAGUCCACAUCCGUACGGAGACGAUACUUCUAUCAGUGGGCACGUCAGGAUUGCAGGUGCGGAGGCCUUGCGUGUAGAGUUUGACCGUCAGUGCUCCACAGAGAGAAGACAUGACCCACUCACCAUCAUGGAUGGAGCCAACAGGGUGGUGUCUGUUAGAUCAGGUCGAGAGUGGAGUGACUGGUCGUCUGAGCUGAGAAUCGCGGGAGAUGAGCUGAAGUGGAAGUUCACCAGCGAUGGUUCUGUGAACGGCUGGGGCUGGAGGUUCACUGUCUUCCCCAUCAUGCCAGCUGCUGCACCUAAGGACCUACUAUCAGACAGGUCAGUCCUGUCCCGACCGUCCAUCGACCUGGUCACCUGCCUGCUGGACUUCCGGCUGGACGCCAACUGUGUCCGCAGUAUCGUGCCUCGGCUGGCCGCGGCACUCGCUGCCUGCGCACAGCUCAGCUGUCUAGUGGCCAGCCAGAGAAUGUGGGCACUGCAGCGGCUGAGAAAACUCCUGCGGUCAGGGAUGGGUCCGGUACUGAACGUGGAUGCCUUGUUAGGAGAUGGGGAUGAGGAACAAUCCAGGUCGAACACAGGGACCCUGGCCAGCCUAGUGAAGGGCCUGCCUGAGAUGCUGUUGAGACAGUAUGAGUAUGAAGAUCCCAUCGUCAGAGGAGGAAAACACCUUCUGCACAGCUCCUUCUUCAUGGAGCUGGUAGCGCUUGCCUGUGAGCUGGGGCUGGACUCCCUGCCGUGCUGCUCAGAGACACACAAGUGGGCGUGGUUCAGGCGGUACUGUAUCGCCUCAAGGGUCGCUCAAGCCUUGGAGAGAAGGGACACCUUCCCACAGCCAUUCCUUGAUGAGGUGAUGAAGAAAGUCAAAGAAAUCAGUGGGGAUGGGGAGGUCAACGACCUGUCCAGAGAGCACGAGGACAAUCAGGUGUUCCACCAGGAGCAUGACGAGCAGCUGCUCCAAUGGCUGAGCCGCCGUCCGGACGACUGGACGCUGUCCUGGGGCGGCAGUGGUCAGAUCUGGGGCUGGGGUCACAACCACAGGGGGCAGCUGGGAGGGGUCGAGGGGGCGAAGGUCAAGCUGCCCACCCCCUGCGACGCCCUGGCGGCCCUGAGACCGGUACAGCUGAUUGGUGGAGAGCAGACACUGUUUGCUGUAACUGCUGAUGGAAAGGUGUAUGCCACCGGGUAUGGAGCAGGAGGGAGACUGGGAAUCGGUGGGACAGAGUCUGUAUCCAGCCCUACACUGCUGGAGUCCAUACAACACGUCCACAUCAAGAAGGUGGCCGUAAACUCAGGAGGGAAGCACUGCCUGGCCCUGUCCUCCGAGGGAGAGGUCUUCUCCUGGGGGGAGGCUGAGGAUGGCAAGCUGGGCCAUGGCAACAGGAACUCCUGUGACCGUCCUCGUGUCAUUGAGUCGCUGCGUGGGAAGGAAGUGGUGGACAUCGCCGCGGGGGGUGCGCACAGUGCCUGUAUCACCUCCACAGGGGAGCUGUUCACCUGGGGGAAGGGCCGGUACGGCAGGCUGGGCCAUGGAGACAGUGAGGACCAGAUGAAACCAAAACUGGUUGAAGCACUGAAAGGUGUUCGAGUUGUUGACGUGGCGUGUGGCAGCGGGGACGCCCAGACGCUGUGCAUCACGGACGACGACUGUGUCUGGUCGUGGGGGGACGGGGACUACGGCAAGCUGGGAAGGGGCGGCAGCGACGGGUGCAAGAUUCCGCAGAAGGUGGAGGCUCUGAUUGGUCAAGGCGUGGUCAAGGUGGAGUGUGGGUCGCAGUUCUCUGUGGCGCUCACCAAGUCUGGAUGUGUCUACACAUGGGGUAAGGGAGACUACCAUCGCCUGGGUCACGGUUCAGAUGACCAUGUGAGGAGACCACGUAAGGUAGCGGCACUACAGGGGAAAAAUGUCAUCAGCAUCGCUACAGGCUCACUGCACUGUGUGGCCUGCACAGACCAAGGUGAGGUGUUCACCUGGGGAGACAAUGAUGAAGGACAGCUGGGAGACGGGACCACAAACGCCAUCCCCCGACCCAGGCUAGUGGCUGCACUCCAAGGGAAAAAGAUCAACAGAGUGGCCUGUGGCUCUGCCCACAGCCUUGCCUGGUCCACGUCCAAGCCGGUGAACGCCGGUAAACUACCGGUCCAGGUCCCUAUGGAGUACAACCACCUGCAGAACAUCACCAUGCCUGUCCUACGCAACCGCCUGGUUCUCCUGCACCACUUCUCGGACCUGUUCUGCCCCUCCAUCCCCAUGUUUGACCUCCUGAGGGGGCGGCUGGCGGAUGAGAACGGCAGCAAGCCGCUGGUGGGGCUGGACACCCUGCGGGGGGUCCUGGUGUCGUCCGGGAAGGAGGCGGCCUUCAGGAAGGUGGUACAGGCCACCAUGGUGAGGGACCGGCAGCACGGACCCGUCAUAGAACUAAACAGAAUACAGGUGAAGCGUUCGAGGAGUAAAGGCGGGCUGGCAGGACCAGACGGGAUCAAGUCAGUGUUCGGACAGAUGUGCUCCAAGAUGGCGUCCUUCACGCCCGACAGUCUGCUGCUGCCCCACAGGGUCUGGAAGGUCAAGUUCAUAGGAGAGAGUGUGGAUGACUGCGGAGGCGGGUACAGCGAGUCCAUCGCAGAGAUGUGUGAUGAGCUGCAGAACGGCUCCACCCCCCUCAUGUGCCUCACGCCCAACGGUCGCGAGGAGUCCGGCGCCAACCGAGACUGCUUCAUCCUCAACCCGCACGCCAAGGGACCCACACACAUGAACAUGUUCAGGUUCCUGGGUAUCCUGAUGGGGAUAGCCAUCCGUACGGGCAGCCCUCUCAGUCUGAACCUGGCUGAGCCGGUGUGGAAACAGCUGGCAGGGAUGCCGCUCACUGUCACAGACCUGACCGAGAUAGAUAAGGACUACGUACCAGGUCUGAUGUACAUCCGUGACAUGGACAAGGACAGCGAGGCGUUUGAGAACCCCCCCAUGCCCUUCAGCACCUCCAGCGCAUCGGGAGACGAGGUGAAGCUGAGCCCAAAGUACUCCAAAAUCACGCCGGAGAACAGGCAGGAGUACGUCAGGCUGGCACUCAACUACAGACUGCAUGAGUUUGAGCAGCAGGUAGCGGCUGUGAGGGAGGGCAUGGCCAGAGUCAUCCCUGUCCCCCUCCUCUCACUCUUCACAGGCUAUGAGCUGGAGACCAUGGUUUGUGGCAGCCCCGACAUUCCACUGUACAACCUGAAGUCAGUGGCGACGUACAAGGGGAUCGACGCCAACGCCCCGCUGGUCAGGUGGUUCUGGGAGGUCAUGGAGGAGUUCUCCAACCAGGAGAGAUCGCUCUUCCUACGCUUCGUCUGGGGACGGACACGGCUGCCCAGAACGAUCGCCGACUUCAGGGGCCGAGACUUUGUGCUUCAGGUUCUAGAUAAGUACAACCCACCUGACCACUUCCUGCCGGAGUCCUACACCUGCUUCUUCCUACUGAAGAUGCCCAGAUACUCCUGCAAGCCUGUGCUCAGGGAGAAACUCAAAUAUGCCAUACACUUCUGUAAGUCCAUCGACACAGACGACUACGCACGCAUCGCUCUAACGGGGGAGACGGUCGCCGAGGAAACAAGUGAGGAGUCGGAAGAUGACGACAUUGACAGCAUCGACUCCGACUCCGAACCUGUUGAGUCCUCCGAAGACGAAUAAACCUCCCUCAGCACCCCCAUCUGUGUAGUGGUACCACCCAGAUUUCUGUCAGUUUGGUGUGGCGUAGGGCUUGUCCAUUUCAUUAGUAGGGGACCUCGAAACAUAAAAUGUAUUACUCCUCUGAAGACACAAAAGUCUUGAAUCUUCCACAUCAUCCCCAUCUGUGUAGUGGUAUCACCCAGAUAUAUGUCAGUGUAUAUCUGUAUAGGAUUCAUCCAUGUCAUUA